GAACAAAGAAAAGCAAAAAGUAUACAAAACUGCGUGUCUCAACGCUCUCGUUUUCUACCAAUAGAUAGAGGUUUAAGUACUUACCAAAGCACUUACCUAAGUAGGCAUCUUAACAGAUGAGAUCCGCACCACUUACCGCGAAAAUCUUACUUAUUCGUACUUGAUGGCGUAUAGUAAUCGGGGCUGAGCUGCAAAACCUGCGAAGGAUUCCCCCUGGAUACCAAUUGGAGUAGACUACGACGAUAGUAACGACACUUGCAAACAAUCGAAACAGUAAAUUUGUCUCUUUUCUACAAUUCUGAAUUCGAAUUAUGUACGGACUGCAUUUACAAUUGGCGUCAUGACGACAGAAAUUUCUUCGACUACGGUUUCUACCGUCUUCAAGCCGGGAACAUCCUACGAAGCGGUCGAUGUAUGGAUAAAGCCACCGGGACAGUCAACAUUCAUUUUUUCUACGGAGGAUUGGAACACUUUCACUACUACAGCAACGUCAUUUACUUCCAGUUCGACUUCGCAAACUACAACAAGCGCGUCUUCAAGUGCAUCUUCAACUCAAGCAACGUCAUUGCCCGUAAAUAAUGCGCAAGUGUCCCAGACUGGUUCGGGCCUUUCCUCUGGGGCUAUCGCCGGGAUUGCUAUUGCAUGCGCUUUUGCCGGGUUGAUAAUGGGCGUAGCUGCAGGUUUCCUCUUAUUUCGGAAGCGGAGGCAGCAACCAUCGGAGGCCCGGUAUCACGUAGCAUCCACCGAAUACGACGGCCAGGAGAAGGCAUUGCAAAGUGUGUUAUCAACGGAUAGAUUGCAUCUAUAUCAAUUCCUUCUAGAUACGUCGCCAGAUGCUGAAAUCAACACGGAGUUACAGUCUUUAAAUCAGUUGCUUCAGCAGCAUGUCGAAGACCAUUACCAUACCGAACCGGUUUCGCGCAGCAUCACUACGCUAUCGGCAGCGCUUAUUAACCUCGGAAUAGACGAGGAUGCUAGGAUCCCAGCUUCUAAACUCGCAUCUUUAGCUCUGGAUCCCGUGAGUCGGUAUAGCGCCAUACAGCAUGUUAUCGCGAAGGUCGCGUUUGGUAGUGUCGCUUUCGAUGAUGGGCCAACUACAUUUUCCCUGCUACCACAACCGAUUUCUUCAUUCGCGUCAAUGGUUCCCGCUACGGAAGCUCAUACAGGGAACCCAGAAGCCGUCGAUAUUGCUCUCACUCGAUGGCGACAAUUAUCUGCUUUUCUACUCCAUCCAAGUAGAAGUGAUCGUACACCAUUGGCGCCGUCAGAGAGCGUUAGCACUCAUCGAGCACAACAACUGGCUCUGUCCUUGAAUUCCUUUUUAGAGCCAUUCGUGGCCGGAGAUCGCCAAGAUAGAUACGAACAGGAAAACCACCUGCGAGAAGUGAUAGUAGAGUGCGCUACUUUCGGUUAUCUUAUAUUCUCGCAACCUUCAGAGUACCGGUUUCGCUUCGACAGCGGCGUGAGACCGGACCAUAUUGUUAUUUUCCCCGGGUUGGAUAGAAUUAGUGAUGAAGAAGGCCAUAGAUACCCCCCGCCGGCUCAACCAGUUGCUAUACCAGUAGUCGAGCAUAUGUAACUAUAAAAGUACCUAAAUAUGAAUAAUGAUUUUAUGAAUGUUAUAAACUAAUAAACCUGGUGGGGGGAGUAGCUGUUCACAAUGUCACCUACCCCGUUACAUCUACGAACGAGGGGUCCGUUGCGAAAGGAUUGAUGCCUAUCAAAAUAACGCCGAAAGCUGUGAGACAGUAUCACGUCUCACUAGGAAAAUACUCACUAUAACUUGGGCAAUGCCAGAAUCGCGAUUAGAAGAAAUGCGAAUGGUUGUAGCGCCCACAGAGCCCCAAUCAUAUUCUACGGUCCUACCAACAUGGUCAUUUCACCCA